AUGCUCUCACGAUCGACCACCUGCCGGGCUGCGCAGCGUGUUGCCCGCCAACAGGCCGUCCGCCCGGCCAUCCAACGCCGUGGACUUGCAGCUCCCGCCUCGGGCUCGUUCCAGUACCAGACGGGCGAGGCCGAUGGCGUCAAGUAUGCCAGCAGAGACUUCUCCGGCCCUACCACGACGCUCGCCCUGGUCGCAAAGGCAGGCACGCGCUUCCAGCCGCUGCCCGGCCUGACCGAGGGCCUUGCCAACUUUGCUUUCCGGGGAACCGAGCGACGGUCGACACUGCGCAUUGUCCGCGAAUCCGAACUGCUGGGCGCCGCCCUCAACGCCCACCACUCGCGCGAGAACCUGGUGCUCGAGGCCAAGUUCCUGCGCGAUGACCUGCCCUACUUUGUCGAGCUGCUCGGCGAGGUGGCUAGCUCGACAAAGUACCUGCCCCACAUCUACAAUGAGGAGGUCCUCCCUCUGAUCCACUUCGCCCACCAGCGCUUCCUUGCCGACACAACCGCCAUGGCUACCAACUCGGUUCACAGCCUGGCCUUCCACCGCGGCCUCGGUGUCCCAACCGCCUCGUCCUCGACAAUUCCAUACACAAAGUACCUCGAUGCCUCGGCCAUUGAAUACUACUCCCGCAUCGCCUACGCCCGCCCCAACUUCGCCGUCGUUGCCAAUGGUGUCGAGCAUGCCGAAUUUUCUAAGUGGGUAGGCGAAUUCUUCCAGGACGCUCCCCGCAAACCCAUCGACGAGUCAAGCGCUACUCUUGCGGAGAGCCAGUACUACGGUGGUGAGGAGCGCAUUGCCCACGCUGGAGGUAACACCGUCGUCAUCGCUUUCCCCGGCUCCAGCUCGUUUACGGGCAAGUCGUACAAGCCCGAAAUCGCUGUCCUCAGCUCGCUCCUUGGCGGUCAGUCCUCGAUCAAGUGGUCGCCAGGCUUCACCAAGCUCGCCCACGCUGCUGCUCCUGGAGCCAAGGUCGCCACUACCAGCGCCAUCUACUCCGACGCCGGUCUUCUCUACACUACCAUUACAGGAUCCGCUCCGGCCGUCGCCGAGACCGCUCGUGCUGUCGUCAAGGCCAUCCAACAGAUUGCCGCCGGCGAGAUUUCAAGCGAAGAGUUCUCCAAGGCAAAGGCCGCGGCCAAGUUCAAGGAGCUGGAGUACGGCCAGGACAUCCGCGCCGGCCUCGAACUCACUGGCAACGGUCUCAUCCACAACACCCAACCGUACCAGAUUGACGACGUUGCCAAGGCCGUUGAUGGCGUCUCGGAAGAGGCUGUCAAGAAGGCUGCCAAGCAAUUACUCGAGAGCAAGGCCUCAGUAUCGACUGUGGGUGACCUGUUUGUGCUGCCCUAUGCUCAGGAAUUGGGCCUGAAAGUGUAA